AUGGGCUUACCUCCACCAACUGCAUUUGAUAAGUUUUUAGAAUGGUUUAUGUUCCGUUUUCGCUGGAUUUUCGUAAUCCUUUUCCUGCUGCCGCUCAGUGUUGUUUAUGAUACAUAUUUUGCUGUGAGAAAUUGGGUUGUCUUCAAAUUGCAAUCUGCACCAAAUGCUCACGACCGUAAAGUUGCUUUAAUACAGAAACAGGUCCGCAGUUGGAAUGAAGGAAACAAGAAAACGAAAAUGUGUACAGCUAGAGCCGGAUGGAUGACUAUGAGCUUCCGUUUCCCAACAUACAAGAAGGACAUGACUCUGAUUAGUACAGACAAACUAGUUGAUAUACUGGAGGUUAAUGAGAAGGAAAUGUAUGUUCGUGUAGAACCGAUGGUAAACAUGGGGCAGUUGACCAGGUUCUUGAUUCCCCUUGGAUAUACUCUUCCCAUUGUUCCUGAGUUAGAUGAUUUAACUGUUGGAGGAAUGAUAAAUGGAUGUGGAAUCGAAGCUUCAGGUAGAAAGUAUGGAAUGUUCCAACAUAUUUGCUUGUCUUAUGAGUUAGUGAUGGCUGACGGAAGUCUCGUUGUGGCAUCUAAGGAAAAAUCUGAAAACCCUGAAACACAGGCUUUGUAUUAUGGAGUACCCUGGAGCCAUGGUACUUUAGGCUUCCUAGUUGCUGCGAACAUUCGAAUCGUUCGCUGCAAGCCUUUCGUUCAGCUUUCAUAUACUCCAACAAACUCAAUGGAGGAAAUGCAAAAAUUGCUUGAAGUUGAAUCUGCUGAAAGGAAAAAUGAAUUCGUGGAAGCUCUACAGUUCUCCGAAGAUAAAGGAGUUGUUAUGUGUGGAAGAUUCUCAGAUUGCCCUACUCGAGACAAUGUUAACAUCAACCGUAUCGGGAAAUGGCAUAAACCUUGGUUCUAUACCCAUGUUCAGAAAGUUUCGGAGAGAAAUGAACCAAUGGUUGAAUAUAUUCCUUUAAGAGAUUAUUAUCAUCGUCACUCGAAGAGUAUUUUCUGGGAAAUCAACGAAAUCGUACCUUUUGGAAAUAAUAUCAUUUUCCGCUGGCUGUUGGGGUGGAUGUGCCCACCUAAGAUCUCACUUUUAAAGCUGACUACUCCACCAGCUCUCCGUAGACUGUACGAUAGAAACCAUGUUCUACAGGACAUGCUAAUUCCAUUAGAUAAGCUCUCUGAAGCGGUCAAGUUAUUCCAUAAAGAAGUAGAGAUUUAUCCACUGUGGCUUUGUCCAUUUAGUCAGCCAUCCUGCCCAGGAAUGUUCAAACAACGCUCAGGAAAGAACAUAAUGUAUGUGGAUAUUGGCUCAUACGGUAUUACAACUAAAAAAGACUACGAUCCGGUUGAUUCAACUCGUCGUCUCGAAAAAUAUGUUCGUUCAGUAGAUGGAGUCCAAAUGUUGUACGCCGAUACUUAUAUGUCCAGAUCAGAAUUCUGGCAAAUGUUUGACAACUCUUUGUACGAUUGGCUCAGACUCAAGUUCAACUGCGCCGAAGCUUUUCCAAAUGUUUAUGACAAAGUUUGUAAAUCUGCGCGAUACUAA